GCUACGUGUAGGGCGGAUUGCGCAGGAGCGAGAAUGGAAGCCGGAAGCCCUGCCGGGACAUCUAGACUAGCCCGGGAGGCCAAAUCCCCGAUGGCUGCUGUCCGCGCACAAAUCUAGGUUUACACGAAAACCGAGUCUGGAAGAAAACGCGCCAAAGUGGUGAGGGAGCAGGGGAUUCAUUGUCUCGGAGUCGUUCCAGUGAGUAGUUUGCAGCGAUGAUGCAUAUCGGUUAGUUUUGCUCCGGCGCCCCAGCCAGCCCCCUACAGGCCACCGGGCGGAAGCCGUCGCCCGGGCGGGGGGCGCCCGAGAUGCCGCCGGGGCCGGACCUUCCCGCCGCCCCGCCGGAAGUGCUCUGCUGACCCGCCGCGCCGCGGGAAAAUGGCGCAGGAGGCUGGAGACAUGGAAGAUGGGCAGCUCUCCGACUCGGAUUCCGACAUGACGGUCGCACCCAGCGACAGGCCGCUGCAGGUGCCGAAAGCAAUAGGUGGGGACACUGCAUUGAGGCCCUUCCAGGAUACUACAGCAGCCUGUGCACCAGUAUCAUAUUAUCGGACUGUUAAAGGUGUGGAUUCAAGUGAAGAGAGUUUUUCCGAUUCAGAUGAUGAUAGCUCUCUUUGGAAACGAAAGCGACAGAAAUGUUUUAACCCCCCUCCCAAACCAGAGGCUUUUCAGUUUGGCCAGAGCAGCCAGAAACUGCCUGUUGCUGGAGGGAAGAAGGUUAACAACAUAUGGGGUGCUGUGCUACAGGAGCAGAAUCAAGAUGCAGUGGCCACUGAACUUGGUAUCUUGGAAAUGGAAGGCACUAUUGACAAAAGCAGACAAUCCGAGACCUACAAUUAUUUGCUUGCUAAAAAACUUAAGAGGGACUCUGAAGAACAUACAAAAGAAUUAGACAAAGAGCUAGAUGACUAUAUGCGUGGUAGUAAGAAAAUAGGCUCAAAAGAAGAGGAAAACGGGCAAGGUCAUCUCAAACGGAAAAGGCCUGUCAAAGACAGAGUAGGAGACAGACUAGAAAUGAACUAUAAAGGCCGGUAUGAGAUCACAGAGGAUGAUUCUCAAGAGAAAGUGGCUGAUGAGAUUUCUUUCAGGUUGCAGGAACCAAAGAAAGAUCUGAUAGCCCGAGUAGUGAGUAUAAUUGGGAACAAAAAGGCAAUUGAACUUCUGAUGGAAACUGCUGAAGUUGAACAGAAUGGUGGCCUUUUUAUAAUGAAUGGUAGUAGAAGAAGAACACCAGGUGGAGUUUUCCUGAAUCUCCUGAAAAACACUCCUAGUAUCAGUGAGGAACAAAUUAAGGAUAUCUUCUACAUUGAAAAUCAAAAGGAAUAUGAAAAUAAAAAAGCUGCUAGGAAGAGGAGAACUCAAGUGUUGGGGAAAAAGAUGAAACAAGCUAUUAAAAGUCUAAAUUUUCAAGAAGAAGAUGAUACGUCACGAGAAACUUUUGCAAGUGACACAAAUGAGGCCCUGGCCUCUCUUGAAGAACCACAGGAAGGACGUGGGGAAACGAAGUUGGAUGUGGAGGAAGCCAUUGAGGUGGACCAUUCUCAUGAUUUGGACAUUUUUUAGUGCAUUUUAAGGAACAGACCUUUCUAAAAUAACAUCAUAACAGACCAUUUCUACUGAGAUUGCUUCAUUUUACUUGGCACUGAUAAACAUGAAAAUCUGGAGAGAAAGAACUGUUUCCUUGUUUUCAAUAAAAUUGACUGUGGAGAGAUGAAUGUGAUUGAUAUGAACAUUUAAAAAUCUCUCAUGUCUGACAAAGUACUUAGACGUAUAUAGCAGAAGAUUUAAUUUCUCAAUCUGUUGCAUGUGCUAAUUAUUACUAGUUGAUAAUCAGUUUUGUCCAGGUAUUAUGUCAUUGAAAAGUUUGAUUUCCUGAUUUAUAUAUAUCUUUGCAGUGAAUUAUGACUGGUUUUAAAACAUUCCAUUAAAAGAUCCUAAUAAGACACAUAAAUUGUUGAGCUAUUAUAGAUGCAUCCAAAUUUAGUUUGUCUGUGUUCUGAGAACUCUUAGGCAAUUUUAAGGGUAGUGAUUAAAUCCAAAUAGGUUUAUACUGAUAGUUCUUCCCACUUAUUUGCUUGUCUAGAAGUAAAUAAACAAGCUUUUUAAAGAGGUAUUGAUUCGUAACUUUAACUUUGUUUUUGACUUCUUAAUUAACUGUCAUACACUAAGUACUGAAUGUGAUCCAUACCUCUGUAAUUACCAUGGACAUUUAAAUUUUUUCAAUGGUGGCCUGCCUAAGACUGUUUUUACCUUAUGUUAAGGAAGUUAGAAUAACGUCACAUCUGCAUGAAUUUUCAAAUUAUUCAUUUUUAUUGAAGGAAUAAGCCUUUCUAAAGGUAGGUUAUUUAAGAUGCUCCAAGAGUUGACUGUAGUUUACAAGAUAGAUUAAGCAAAAAUUGGUAGGAAGCAAUUACAAACUAUUUUUUACAGGCAAUGUACUUGAAUUCUUUCAGUAAUUUCUGAAAUACGUGGUCAUUGAAGUUGGAUUUAAGGAUCUAAAUGGGAAAAGAAGAGGAAAAUGGUUAUUGCUUGCUUUUUAUCCAUAAAUGCAAAAAUAAAAUUAGAGAUUUGGCAGUCCUUUA